GCGGAUUUUCUCAUCGUCAUUUGCCACUCGAUUCUCGAAGAAGCAAGCAGUCUCUAGCAAGAACGAGUUGUACAUCGAUAGACGAGUCUGGAAGCAUGAAGACGGUGCUGAUCCUGUUGGUCGCGGUGCUGGCUACCGCCCUGGCCUACCCUGCCGACCUACACUCUGACGAACUAAGCCCUGUCAACAAUGUCGAGGAACAAGAACCUGCCCAGGAGAGAAUCUCCAGAGAAGCAAAGCCGGAGCCUAUCCUGCUCGGUGUAGGUGGAUUUAAAUUAGGCGGGUUCGGUGCAAUCGGAGGAUUAGGAGGCUAUGGGGGCUACGGUGGUUACGGUGGCUACGGAGGCGGUUACCACGGCUACGGUGGUGGCUACAGAGGCUACGGUGGCUACGGUGGCUACCCUCACGGAGGCUAUGGCGGCUAUGGGGUGCCAUUCGGAGGCGCGUACGCCAAGGCUGGCGCUUUCGGCUAUGGACGAUGAGAAGCCUGCUGCACCGAUUCUCUCGACGGUACACACCCGAUAACGACCUAGUAGCCAGCGUUGCUCAAUUUUCUACGAUAUUUCCACGCUUG